UUUUUUUUAUCCUGCCCCAGACAGAACGAUGCCACAACGGCAUAUGCGGCGAUCAAAGUGUGUGAGUCCGGUGAUGGAUUACCGGCAGAGGUAGAGAGGCCGCAUUGUGCUCUUGUGUAUGGUCAACAUUUUCAUCAGCCAUUAUGGUACCAGGAAGAAAGAAACAUCUGCCAAAACUGCACUACCUCACCAAGAACUGCACCAUCUCACUUUAUUGCCUUAUUCAGAACUGCACUACCUCACCAAGAACUGCACCAUCUCACUUUAUUGCCUUAUUCAGAACUGCACUACCUCACCAAGAACUGCACCAUCUCACUUUAUUGCCUUAUUCAGAACUGCACUACCUCACCAAGAACUGCACCAUCUCACUUUAUUGCCUUAUUCAGAACUGCACUACCUCACCAAGAACUGCACCAGCUCACUUUAUUGCCUUAUUCAGAACUGCACUACCUCACCAAGAACUGCACCAGCUCACUUUAUUGCCUUAUUCAGAACUGCACUACCUCACCAAGAACUGCACCAUCUCACUUUAUUGCCUUAUUCAGAACUGCACUACCUCACCAAGAACUGCACCAGCUCACUUUAUUGCCUUAUUCAGAACUGCACUACCUCACCAAGAACUGCACCAUCUCACUUUAUUGCCUUAUUCAGAACUGCACUACCUCACCAAGAACUGCACCAUCUCACUUUAUUGCCUUAUUCAGAACUGCACUACCUCACCAAGAACUGCACCAGCUCACUUUUUAUAUGA